AUGCCGACUCAGCAUCGCCGUUCUUCGGCCGAAUAUAUCACGAAAUUCUACUUAGUUCAGCUGAGUCCCAUUAUGUGGCUAUCAGAGCGUGCUCAAGACAUCCAUAGAGAGGAUUGUCAAGGAAGAAGAAGUGUCGUGAGGGCAUGUGUAAGGCAAAUAGGUCCAAGGAAUGGCAACGCGUGCCAAGCCUCUUGUCGUCGAACCACCUUUCCCUUAGCUUCGAAUUCAGCCUUCAACCCCGCUAAACCUACCUUCUUCAAUGAGUUUCAAUAUCGAUGGGUAAACGACCGAAGAAGUCGUCUCCUGGAACGAGGAUCCUUCAACAGGCCCAGUGGAAGUCUCGACACAGAUGACGAGGAUGUGGACCUCGAAAACCUCGAGGAGGUUGAGGCGGACCUAGGCGAACAAAGAAACCUCGCGAAAUUGCGAGACAGAUUCCUCGACCGGUUGGCUGAGGUCCUGGCGAGGUUCAAAACAGAACCCAAUACGAGAAGGAGUUCAGGACAAGAUGCAAAACACGUUUGUGCAACUAUGAUGGUAAUGUGUGAAGAUGAAACGUCUGUGAGGAUACUUUGUGCGAAGAAUGAAGGACUCGACAAGGUCGACGAUGAAUUCUUAGGGCACUGGAAGAACUGUCUCGAGAAUGUUGCCAAAGCUGGCCGUGCAUCGGAAGCGGAUAGAAAUCAUCUCUUGGAUCUGAUCCUAACGCAUCAACGACCGCGAGUUGAAUUUUAUAUCCACAGGCUACAGCUUGCAUACCGUAAAUCUUCGGCGACCACCGGCAAGCUACUAGACAGCGAAACAACCCUGUCGAAGGCUUGGGUAGAGAAGCAGCCAAUUUUAAGACUUCGUGAGUGGGAAGAUGAUAAUGGCUUGCGAUACAAAAUACCGACAACGCUACCCCAAAAAAAUUAUGCAGGCUCAGAUGUGGCCCAAAGUGGCCUCACUUUUCAAGAGAACGCCCUUGCACUGGCAGCUCUUUCCACUGAUAUUGAAGAGCUAUGUAAUCGACCACCUGCUGGAAACGUAGAAUCAUCCCUAUUGAAACGAUUAUUAAUUAGCACGUUCAAUGUUUGGAUGGGUGUCAAGACGCGAUCAGCGUUCAGAGCUUGUCUGAUCCAACUGUUUCUUAACGAGCAAGCGCGUAAGACGGCUGAAAAGGCACUUCUAUUCCUUUGCCGAAUCUACUACGGUACGACCAUCUUCAUCAAUACCGCAGAACAAAUAUCGGCUUUCAAAUCGAUCAUCUGUGUCUUAGUCCCUUCCCAAAGUUUCAACCGGUGUCCAAUACCGCAACUGCAAUCCGAGGCAUUAGUUUCUGCAGAGAGGUUAGGAAUCAUUGCGAGGCACAAGCGAAUACGUGAUCGGCUUGGCUCCUCACAACUGAAAAACGCUUUCCGAGUGUCUCGUCGCGAAAAGCGCUACAUCCAUUGUGAAGUACAAUUACUUCACUACUACGACGAAUCUUUCAAAUCCUCGAACCAGAAAUAUCAGACCCAUCCAUAUAUUGGGUGCAGCAGGCUGUGCUGCUACCUUUGUUAUUGCUUUACACUCGUCUACGGUGGAUUCGACGUCCGCGGAACCCACGAAACUAUCAUGAACAGAUGGGAGAUUCCACUGCAUUCGCCAACAGGACGGUACAGUUCGACGGUUGAUUUAGCAACACAGCGCCUUCUUCAAAUCCUGAAGGCUGAACUCCAGAGCAACCUCUACUCCACGGCGCCUCCGCGCAAUUACGAACUUCGAGCUCAAUCGUCAAUUGGUCUUUCCACAGCAAAAACAAUGCUGGAGGAAGAAAUUGUGGAAAUGGAGCGGUCAGAACUCGCAAUACGGUCGUCCAUGAUGAUGCCAAUGAUAUCUAGUGAUGCCAUUUCUGUUUUCCCUCUACCCGAGAGACCUGGGUUUGCCGUAGUUUUUGGCGGCGAAAUACGUGGAUGUACAAAGCCUAUGAGGCUCGGGGAAGCCGAGACAUUGCUAAUCAACCACUUGCGCCAUAAAUACGGGUUCGAACCACUCAACGAGCUGCCACCAAGGAAAUCACGCGACAUGGCAAUCUGCAAAAGAUGCGGAAGUAUAUCAAACCUGCGUUGCCGCUCCUGUCGGAUGUCUUAUUGCUCGCAAACUUGCCAGAAGAAGGAUUGGAAACGACACGUAUUCCUAUGCACGGGCAGCUCUCGACCGAACGAGGUGGAUCGCUUGAAACUCUACGUCAGUCACUGGUUUCGGGCAAAGAAGAUCAGAAAAGAAUCACUGGAUGAUGCUUACACCACCACGUUCCUGCGAGCACUAUACUCCGAUGACAAGCUGUCUACGACUUUUGGAUUUGAUAGCUGCGAGAUUAGCCUGGAGGUUAGCUACUUACUUUGCAUCUACAGAGAACUCAUCCGGUCUUGUGGGUCCGUGGUUCUCCAAAGUGUGGUAAACGAUGGCAAUCUAUGGAACUUCAUGGAAACUUAUAGUAGAUGUUUCAUGAGCGUCAAUGCCUCUCCAACAAACGGCUGCCAAUGCUUCGCUUGGUUCCUUCAAAUGCGAGAACGAGACGCAGGCUUCCCAGUUGAGCACGAAGACGGGUUUCAUUUCUACCUUGCGAGGAGCAUGGCUGUAGUUUCUCAGAUAUUUUCUCUGGAUUCUAGAGUCGGCUUUCUGGCAAGCCUUUCGCCAACAGAAAUAAAAGUUCUUUGGCUCUAUGCAAUUCUGUGUCGAGAUUUCAACUGCCUUCCGGACGUGGAUAGUUCUCAGUGGCUUGACUUCGGGUUUUGCUUUUGCAAAAACUUGUCCGACCGACAGAGGCUUCGAAAGGCCCUCCUUGAGCUUCCUAUAGGAGGGAGCUCGCUUGGAGAGAUAGCACAUGCCUGGAAGAACGAUUCACUCCUCACGUUGAUGAAGGCUCGCGGUAUUGAUGUUUACGAAUUAGAGCUCAACGAUAUCGUCCCGCAACGACCUAGGUUGGAAGAGUUUGGGAUAUACAGAUUGAUUGCAGAAGUCAGCCAUGCGCUCUCUGGCCGCUUUUGUCUCUGCUUCAGGCCUAAGGAAUUUAAUAGCGACUCGAGCUGCCACUCGAAAGCCCACUUGAAGCACGAGACACACCUGAGUAGAGAGACCGAUGGUGAUUAUGGCUUCCACGGAGUAAACGCAUGGGAGCGUUGGCAGCUUUUCAGUUUCUACGCCAAAAUUUUCAACCACCCUCACUUUGACGCGCGUGCUAUGCAGCGCGCGAGACACGAUCCAGAUCCAGGAGCGUUGGAUAGUUAUCUUGAAAGGUUGAUUCCAGAUUUCCGAAGGAAGAUGCGAAAUUGGUCCCAGUGCGAUGUAAUGUUCCCUAAGUUGAAGGCCAGAGUGCAGUUUUUGCCUGGCCGACCUCCGUGUUACUGUAUCGUGCACGAUACAACCAAUCCUGAUGGCCUAGAUUCCAGGAUGUAUGUCCCACGCAAUUGGGCUGUAAAUCAUCCUCGGUACCCUUCUAAUACAGAAGACAGAUAAUUUGGUUGAUGAUCUAUCCAAUUAAGCGCGGGUUGGCUUCGAAGGGAUUGUAUUCACUGGGACUCUGCAGGUUUUUGAAUAUCUGAAAUCAUAUAUUUGGGGAGCCAGCGAUAGGUGCUUCGAAAAUUGGACAUGUAUGAACAAAUUUUCGUUCUCCUGGACCUCCCAAGCUGGAUGUGCUUUGCUUCCUAUGGAAAACCCCUUCGUAGCUCUAUCGAUGCUAAAGAUACU